UCAGGACGUGGAACCUGUUUGUUUUGCUCCAUUUUGCUCUUUUUCGCCUUAUUUUGUUCCUUUCCAAAUCUCUUGUUCGUCCCAUCUCGUUCCAUUUUUAACCUUUUUGCACGAGUACUUUCGUACUUUCUUUAUACACACCCAAUAGUACAUGCACAACAACCCCCUGUAAGCAAGUGGGCAUCACCUGAGAGGUAACCACCCACACAGACACCGAGAAUAACUCCUUAUCAACACAUCAAACGGUCUCUUUUGACCUGUGUGUUCAGAGGGAGAAGACACGACAACUUUACUCUCAGAAAUAAAGAGAUACUACUAAAGAUGGCAUCAAAGAUGACAGCAUCAGUCGAGAUCGCCAUUCCGCAGUCUGCAGAACACAUCGCCCCCUCCUGGGUACAGUUGGUACUGCAGGAGGACCUCCCGGGCAUCACCAUCACGGAGGUCGAUGUCAAAGGAUCCAUCAGCGAAGGAGAAGGCUUCAUGAGCGACAUCGUCGCCUUUGAUGCCGUGGGGACGAGGAACGGUACAAGUCAGCGCUUCAGUCUCGUCGCCAAAAUGACAGAUUUCAAGCCGCUGUCGGUAGUAUGGGGAGGACAGUAUCCAGAGUCAAUUAGGGAUGUCCACAUCAAGAUGGAGGCGUGUGAGGUCAAGUUCUACUCCGACGUAGUUCCGGAGCUAUUGUCGGUGGCAGUCCCGAGCACGGAGCGCAAACCCACGUCAGGGAAUGGAGAUGGCAAAAGUCUUCCUUUUAUUGAUACCUCUUUCCUCCCCAAAUGCUACUUCGCCGCCACCGACACGAGUUCCAUGCUGUCCUUCAGGGUUAUGGAGAACCUGAAAACUCAGGGGUUCUCCAUAAAACCCAACAUCCAACCGCUGAUGAGCCGUGCUGAGAUGAUGCUGGCUGUCGGGGCCCUGGCGCAGCUACACGGCCUCUCACAUCGGCUGGAGCUCCUGUCGGGCAAAUCCAUUCCCGAGAAGUACGACUGGAUCAUGACCAUGUCAGAUACAAAAGGUCCGAUGGCUGAAAUAACCUACCUGUAUCAGACCAACGUGAAGAAGUUCGCCGCAGCAUUUCCUGACCAGGCAGAACUUGUGGCUCGUUUGGAAGAGUUAAGCCCCCGCGUCAUAUUUAAGGAAGACCCACGGCCACGGCUUAAGGUCCUCAGCCAUACAGACUGUUGGGUCAACAACAUCAUGAUUAAGUACGCAGGAGACGCGCCCGCUGAGGUAAGGCUGGUGGACUGGCAGAGUCUGAUGUACAAUCCGCCAACCUAUGACCUGGCUUUCCUGUUUGUUUUCAACACGGGUUGGGAUGUCUUCUACAACCACAGGGACGCCAUCCUGGCUCACUAUCACCGCACACUACAGGAGACACUGGGUCCGGGCGUAUCCUCGGGUCUACGGGACUACACCCUGGAAGAGUUGAAGGCAGACUUCAAAGCCGACUGUCUGUACGGGAUAACCAGGCGGUUGUCAUACCCCGUGAGCCGACCCACAGAUCCAAAUUUACUGAAGAUGAUCCAAGAAAUCAAGGAGUGGGGGUUUAUCUGAGGGGUCAGAUUUCAGUAGUACGUUUUGAUUAACGUCAGAUCACGAUUAGUAGACCCUGAAACUCAAACCCAUUAAUCGGUAAUUUUUAUUUGCAAAUUCAUGCCGUAGGCUAAUUGUACGGGGAUACACAGAUACAAUAAAGAAAAUCUGUCUAUAGAUAUACGUACAUUGCUGGAUGCUUUCGUCUGUGGAGGCAGUGGCCUAUGAAAAGAUCUCUCUCUCUCUAUAUAUAUAUAUAUACAGCUACAUUUAAAUGAUAUAAGUGGGUUUUGCAUGUAUGUUGCCCAGGGAAAGUGCGAGAACGUUAAGUUUAAGGAAUCAAAUAAAGAUAUGUACCAGUAUUAGGAGACUAGCAUUUCACUUUAGCUUUUUGUUGUCUUUUAAUAUCAGACACGACCAAGUUGUUUUUUCUUAGUUUUGUGUCUCACACGUUUACCCCAA